AUGGCUAACAAUCAACGAUGGGAAGAUAUUACCAACCCGACAGCCAACCAACCCUACACCCACGCCGACAACCCAACCACCAACUCAGCCACCAACACAACCACCAACUCAACCUCCAACUCAGCCUCCAACUCAGCCACCAACCAAACCACCAACUCAGCCACCAACACAACCACCUACUCAGCCGCCUACUCAGCCACCAACCAAGCCACCAACUCAGCCACCAACUCAACCACCUACUCAGCCGCCAACCAAACAACCAACACAAACUCCAACACAAACUCCACCAACUCAGCCACCAACCCAGACUCCAACCCAAACUCCACCUACUCAACCACCUGGCAAAUGAUCAAGAAUGUCGGACACUCCAAGAUCAAGGCCAUGCAGUUCAUGAUUGCCGGUCCAGUCGAACAGAUCUGGGGUGUAACAGUCAAUGGCAACAUCUAUGGAUUGCCUGACUACCAGAAUGGUCUAGAGGUAUCUAAGGAGUACAUCUUUGGAUACAUUGCCAAGUCAAGCAAGCAACUUACAAUGACAGCUCAAUCAUUCAACUGUUGA